AUGAACUUUUUCUUUCUCUUUUAGACCCCGUUCUUGCCUCCGCGUUGAUGCUCCUCCAUCGCUGCCAUCCAUGGCCUCCGAUCUCCGCGCUCGGCUGCUCCCGGAGAACGGCGAAGUCGUCAUCGACGUCGAGGGUCGGGCCGAGACCAACGGCGUGGGUGAGUACCACACGCGGAGCUUCAGUAACCCCUUUGAUUUCGUCGGAGCGGCGCCGCUUGUCGACCUACGGCUGCCGAGCACCAUUGACCCGUUCCGGAACCACACGCCGGGGUUUGGUGGCGUCUACGAGUGGAUCAAGAUGGUGGUUUGUGUUCCGAUAGCGAUUUUGCGGCUGGUGCUGUUCGGGAUCUCGAUUUCGAUUGGGUUCUUGGCGACCAAGCUGGCUUUGGAGGGGUGGAAGGAUAGGCAGAACCCGAUGCCGAAGUGGCGGUGUCGUCUGAUGUGGGUUACUCGGUUUUGUUCCCGAUGUAUCCUCUUUUCAUUCGGCUAUCACUGGAUUAAGCGAAUUGGAAAACCUGCAUCACGUGAUAUUGCACCAAUUGUUGUCUCAAAUCACAUCUCCUACAUUGAUCCGAUAUUCUUUUUCUAUGAAUUAUUUCCAACCAUUGUUGCCUCAGAGUCACAUGAUUCUUUACCCUUCGUUGGAACUAUUAUCAGAGCAAUGCAGGUCAUUUAUGUCGAUAGGUUCUCUGCGCCCUCAAGAAGACAGGCUGUCAAUGAAAUAAAGCGGAAAGCUUCAUGCAAUGGGUUUCCUCGUGUUCUGUUGUUUCCUGAGGGUACAACUACAAAUGGCAGGGCCCUCAUUUCAUUUCAACUUGGUGCAUUUAUUCCUGGCUUUCCAGUUCAGCCUGUCAUUGUUCGUUAUCCUCAUGUACAUUUUGACCAAUCAUGGGGAAACAUUUCGUUGGCAAAGCUCAUGUUCAGAAUGUUCUUGCAGUUUCAUAACUUUAUGGAGGUGGAAUAUCUUCCGAUUGUUCUUCCACAAGAGAAAAAGCAUGAAACUGUGGCCCAAUUUGCCCAACGGACAAGCUAUGCUAUGGCAAGCGCUCUUAAUGUUGUACAAACAUCUCAUUCUUAUGUAGAUGGAAUGCUUCUCACUAGAGCAUCAGAACUUAUGAAGGAAAAUUGUUCAAAUUAUAUGGUAGAAAUGGCAUGGGCUGAUAAUUUAUUCCAAAUAAGCACAUCUGAUGCAAUGGAGUUUUUGGACCAGUUUCUUGCUAUGGACCCAGAUUCCAAUGGAUGUGUUCAAAAACAUGACUUCUUGAUCUGUUUGGGAUUGGAGAAAAGUCCACUUGGUGAAAAGAUAUUCAGCUACUUUGAUGUGGAGAAGAAGAACUCCAUAACAUUUCGGCAGUUCUUGCUUGGAUCAGCAAAUAUCAGGAAACAGCCAUUAUUUCAUGAGGUCUGCAACACAGCUUUUAGUAAAUGUGAUUAUGAAGAAACUGGUUUUAUUUCUGCAGAACAGCUUACACACUUUCUUCGAUCGUCCUGUCUGGGCACAAUUGAACAAACAUUUGCGCGGCUAUUGAAUUUCUUCGACAUUGACAAUGAUGGACCUGUGACGAGAGCCAAGUUUAUGGAAGGUCUUUGGAAAUACCCUAUACUGGUUGCAUUUUUCACUUGCGACCCGAAUUGAAAGUUCAGAGACAUGUAAUUGUUACAAACUCAUCUCAAGACGAUCUGAUUAUCGAAACCUUGGAAUCUCGCCGACAAGAAAAGCUCAUCUCUUGUUUUCUGCUGUUCGGGUUCGUUUUUCUUAGAACCUGUUUCAGAGGUGUGUAAAAAACAUGCUUGGAAUCCUCCAAUUUUCCUGUCCUUGUUGGUGUUUUGAAUGUUGUGAUUGAGAAUGAAUGUAAUACUGAGAUGUAAAAUGUCAUACUUAUUAUCACAAAGAUUAGUACAACUAAACUUAAAAAGAGUGAUUGCAACAAAUGGACCAAAUGCAUACCCCCAAGCAUAUACAGUGUA